AUUAUAGUCCGUCUUCUCCAGCGUAAAUCAUUGUGUCAACGCGGUCGUCAGGCUGUUGUCUGUACGAUUCGGUUUCAUCUCAGAGAGAGAGAGAGAGAGAGAGAGAGAGAGAGAGAGAGAGAGAGAGAGAAGAGAAGAGAAGAGAAGAGAAGAGAAGAGAGAGAGAAGUCGGGGAUUCUCGACUUCUGUCUCCUCUUGUGUCUGAAAAAUACAGACGAGCGCUUUGGAAGGCAUACUGGACUCGGAGGAGGUUAUUGUAGCGGGCUGUUCAGGGCUCCCUGGACUCGGAGGUUAUUAUCCAUGGAGUCAGAUAGUGCGCGCCGCCAUAAAGGCGAGGAAGAUAGGCUCAGCGCGUUGACCGAUGACAUUUUAAUCUCUAUCUUGGGGAGAGUCGACCUUGCCAUGGCAGCAAGGACUAGCGUGUUGUCAACGCGGUGGAGAAACUUGCCGUGGCUACUUCCUGAUCUCAAACUUCAUGUCACGGACUUCCUUAGUGCCCCAUGUACAGGGGCUGCACACACUGAUCAAGCAAUGGCGUCUCUGACAAGAGCCACUAGCAGCUUCUUGGCUCAGCCCCGCAGGGAACACACCAUCUCAACACUAUGCCUCAAGCUUUACCUCAUGGGCAACUAUUCGCGUGACAUUGGCCUGCUAGUUAGCAAUGCCAUUGACAGCGAGAUGCUAAAAGAUUUGGAACUUGCCAUUUUAACUGAGAAGGAGGUCAAGGACUCCGACAACGAGGUUAUGUUACGGCAAGCUCGGGAUGUGGAUGGAUUUUUCAGUGAGUACCCUAGUGUUCUUCGCUGCCUCACAAGGCUUCAUCUACAUAAUGUUCGCUUCGCCGAACGCGACAUGAAUCACCUCCUGUUUGAUUGUUGCAAGCAAUUGCUGCACCUUCGUCUGGACCACUGUGACACCGGGGACUUAUCUGUAUGGAAGAUCAAUGCGCCACAUUCGAAUCUCAGAGUUCUAGAAGUCUACUUGUCAUUGAAAAGAGCUGAGGUGCUCUGCCUUCCAAAACUAGAGCGGGUCCGUUGGCAGGUACUGAGGGGCCACAAUUCUGUCUUGCACCUGAGAACGAGUGUAGGAGGCAUCAACACCGAUGUGCUUGGUGAGCUCAUGCUUAACAGGAUCACGGUCAAUGCUGAGUGCCCCAGUGCUGUCGGAGAGCAGAGGGGUCGGUGUAGCAGUGGAAACACCAAAAUCCUGAAGAAGCCAUCGUAGCCAAGUAAUUUCUGCAGUCACGGACGCCAUAGCUCGCAGCUCAGCCUCAGCACUGGAGCGAGAUACAGCAUUCUGCUUCUUGGUCUUCCAGGCAAUCAGGGAGGAGCCAAGAAAAACACAAUAGGCAGAGAGAGAGCGGCGAUCAGUGGGAUCGCUGGCCCAGGUAGCAUCACAGUAGGCCUGAAGCUGAAAAGAGCCGGAGCGAGGGAAGAAUAAGCGACGAGUCACGGUACCACGAAGGUAACGAAGAACACGAAGAAGGUGACUGUAGUGAAGUUGAGUGGGAGCAGAGACAAACUGACUUAGAAUGUGCACAGCAUAAGAAAUGUCAGGACGAGUGAUGCCUAGAUAGACAA